AGGCUUGUGUAAAGAAAUUCCUACAGAUUUGAGUCCAGAUGAAAGGCUGCUUCGGUUGUUUGAUAAAAGUUUGUUGGUAAGCAAUAAAGCAAUGCAGCAUUUCUAUCUUUUUUCUUUCCAACAAAUAGUGAUUUGAAGAGAACAAUUUUGCACCACAAAAAUGAGAAAUCCAUGUUUCAUGGGUACUCGGGUUUCCAACUGUACUAACUUGUGUGUAUUCCUUUUAGCUCAUGUGUGAAAAUGCCAAAGACAAAAAGUAUAUGAACAUUGCAAAUUUUCCUGAAAAAGGCAAGUAUAAUGUGCAGUGCCCAAGCCUGGAAAUAGGUUUUGGGGGCCUGCCUGUCAAAAUGACCAGCACCAAUGCAUAUGUGCCUGUCACAAAAAGAAAACCAUACCUGUCAGUCAAAAACAUUGGAUACAAAUAUGCAGUGGUUGCAUAUAUAUAUCAGGUUCAAUGGUAUUUAGAAAUUUGCAGCUUUUGCAGAGUGAUUAAAAGAAGGAAAUUUUUUUGGGUUGAAAUGCUGAAUAAUGCAAACUGGACAAAGUGACAGACACAGUCAAAGUUGUCAUUGUGCCUGACAAAACACUAGAAAUCACGCAUUUGUACCGGUCAAUGACCGUAACCAGACGCUUAUUUCCAGGCUUGGCAGUGCCAAAUAUACAUUUGACACUGCACAUUACAAAUACCUUAUUUCCUCCCCCCUUCUAAUUAGCCCCCAGUGCAGAAGUGCUGAAAAGAAAUAAGUCCCCACCCUCUCUAUUUAGUCCCCACCUUCUAUUUAGUCCCCACCCUCUAUUUAGUCCCCACCUUCUAUUUAAUCCCCACUCUCUAUUUAGUACCCACCCUAUUUCUAGUCCCCACCCUAUAUUUUCAUCCCUUUCUUUCUAAUAAGCUCCCAAUCCAGAACGACUUGGAAAUGGUAGGCUUCCAGGUGACUAAAUAGAUGGAAUGUAGCACAGUAUGUGUGUGUGUGAGUAACUGAUAAUCAACUUUUACAGUUGAAGAAUUUGUUGGACAUCUUCGAACAACUUUGAAGAAUUCCGAUUUUGCCAAGCGAGCAACAGAACGGAGCGGUAAAGUUGAUGAAAAGUAAGAUCUCUAGAGAUUGUGUUUCUAUUUCUGACAUAUUGAUUUAGAAUAUUGCGGACCUAUCAUGCCAUGUUGGCAAAAAGCUGCCAAGUGAACGUGAAGUUAUAAUCUUGAACUUUCUAAUGGUUCAUUUUCAACAUAGAGUUAUUAUUCCCAAUCCAAAAGCCCAACAACUCGAAGAGUAUGCCAAGAAAAGUCAGGAAACCACCGAAAGGUAUACACUAUACACUUAAAAUUGUGCAAGACCUAAUCUUAAAAAGUUGAAAUAUAUCCGUAUAUGAUUUAUUCAAACAUUUUGGUCAAUGUUCAUCAUGCGGUAAGGGAGCUGUUGUUAUAUUCUCUUCUCUAAUGAAGACAGAAUGAGCUCCAGCCACAGUUCAACCAGAACCCUAACCGUCCAGGACUAAGUCAUGGUGCGCCCUUUUAAAAUUGCAUCUUUCACUUUUCUUAGAAUGUCAAAAGAGGACAAAGAAUGGGAAGAAAUUCUAGGAAAAUAUCAAAAUGAACACGAAUCGACAGAAAGGUAUUUGCCUAUUCCAAAUAAUAAUGGCACUUUCCUACAUUUCUGCCAUUCUUAUGUUGACCAUCAUCAGAAAUUGAAUUAACUAAAUAUCUUUGUUUUAUCAUUCCAGUGAAGUAAUGGAGUCCUAUAGUCAAAUCAACAAGGAUAGUUUAUCUGCAGAACAGAGAGAAUUUCUUGACAGUAUACAACCCAAGGAAGGCAUGUUUGAAAACCUGGGCAGAUUGAAGGAUACAUCAAUUCUUAUGGUAGGUGCUGAUGUCUUUGUUGCUAUGGUUAUGUGGUUGGUGUCUGAACUACCUGAAAGAGAUCAGGGAUGUACCGCAUCGAGUAUUCACUAUCCAGCCGGAUUCCGGAUAUCCUGGAUAGUUGAAAAAUACCCCUAACCAUUCAAGGUUAAAUAAUUCUUUUCAGUGGUUAUAAAGUGAUUGUGUCUAUAAUAUAUCGAUCUGAAAUGAUAGGAAAGAACUUCACAGUCCAACAUCGAUAAACAUGCAGCGUUAGAAAAGCCUUGCCUCACAAGGGCGGAUUUUCAUUUUUUUAAAAGGAGGGCUGGAAUAAUCUCUAGUGGGGUGCAAGCAGCACCACUGAACAGGGUUAGGCGUUAGGGUUAAAGACUUUCACACAAAAUAGGAGGGGUGAAGCAAAAUUUUGGUGGGGUUGAACACUUUAUAAGAAGAGUUAGAGAGAUUCCAGGGGGGUUAACCCCCAUAACCCCCCUCCCCCUCCAGUUGCUUCAUCCUCUAUUAAUUAUAUCAAACUCUAGAUUGACAAGAUUGUUACAACGGCAUCGACAGUGAAAGCGUUACAUGAUGCGACGGAACGGUAUUUGGAAAAAAAUGCGGAAGAUUUAAUUGGUAUGUACAGUACACAUGCUGCUACCCCUCGUUAAUAUUAACCCCCGUCUGUUUUGAGAAUAAAGGCUGGUGUCAGUGGCGCCGUGGCCGGGGGGCAUGCGGAAAAUUGUCAAUGUUGUCAGAAAUUGUGAAAGUUGUCGACGGGGGAGGGGGGUUGAAGAUUUAAAAUGUUGUCGUCCGGAAAAAUUUUUGGUUUGUCGGAAAAAUUUUUCGGUUUGUCGGAAAAGCACUGCCCUUGGCCACCUCAAAAACAUGGGUCCCACGGUGCCACUCGCUAGUGUACACUAUCAAAGUUUCUGUGAUCACAGAUUCGCAGUGGGAAUUUUGCAUUGGUAAAUUUUAAGUUUUAAAAGAUAGUCAACAAAUGUUUGAGGGAACUCACUCAGCGUUAAAGGCACAGUUCAGCCUUUUGAAUGAUGGUUUUUAACUAGGAAUGUUUUUAAUUAACAUUUUAAAAAUUUUUGUUGUUAAAAACAUUGAGUUUACUGAUCUUGAAUUAUGCAUAAUUGAUUUUUCUAGUUAGUCUUUUCAAUAGGCAAUUCCAGCUAUAUACUAAAUUUUGAUCUAGGCAAGAAGAGCCGUAAGUGGUUAUUUUUACCGCGCGUAAUACAAAUCUAUACAAAAUUUGCGAACUUCACAGAGCUAUAUUUUCUUCAUUUUACAACAUUUCGCAACCAAACUUGGCAAUUUUACUAUUUUCAACAUGCUCUUUCUAGCUGGUGUGGUAUUUUGUUCUUCUUGCCUAGAUCAAAAUUUAGUCUAUAGCUGGAAUUGCCUAUUAAGGUGGCUCGAUAUAGUUAUCACGAAAACCCUGCUCAAGAAUCGCGAACUCAAAACCGGGUGACCAUUUUUACGCGCAGGUGGCGGAAACUGAUUAACAAAAUGAUAGAACUUCCAAAAUGACCUGACGUAAGCAGCUGCUCGCGCCAUCUCACGUCAUUUCGCGUGUUCUAUAUAGCGUUUUAUGUCAAUUGCUGACGUCAUUAGAAUUUUCCAUUUUAGAAAAACAAUGCGCUAUAUCUCUUUAUUUUGUCUGGUGACCUAUGUUCAAAUUUUGCAUGCUGUAUUGCACCGCUAAAAACUUUCAUUAUACAAAAAAUAAAAAAAUUCUGUAAUGCCAAAAAAAAUUUACUGAAGAAUAUGACAUUUUCGCAUUUUCCAAAAAAAUGGCACUACAGAAUUUUUUUAUAUUUUGCUAAUUGUUAGCUUUUCGUCCAAGUACAAUAAUGCAAGAAAAAAAAUUGGGGGUCACCAUGCUUCUUUUCCAACUAUACGAGACGAAAGGCCAUUUUGGAGUGUAUUUUGUACACGUAUGUCGUCAUAGCAACGAACUAUCUGUUACUAAAACUAAUAUAAUUUGAAAGUAGAGAUAUCGAAAUAUAUAAAAAAACCAAUAUCUGCUGAAUAUAUUCUAAAGAUGCAUAGUUUGAACAUUUCAAAGUGUUGAACACCUGAAUUUUUGAAAACUGUAUCGAGCCACCUUAAAACAAUAAAAGGGCUGAAAUGCCCCUUAAAAACCAUCAUUCAAAAGGCUGAACUGUGCCUAUAAACAGUAAGUCCAUUCCCUCAAACAUUUCUUACAAAUCCUUCAAAACUUAGAAAUUACAAAAUAUGCAAAAUCCCUACUGUGAUCACAGAAACUUUGAUAUAAACAAAAUACAAAUUGAAAGUAACGUCCUCAUUCUUAUUUCAGAAUCACCAUCUCCGAUGGCUGCUUGCGCAACACCUCGUCAUCUUAUUCAUGCGAUAACGAAAGAUUCCGAAGAUCCGAGCUAGUUUGUGGUACUGAUAGGAGAAACUUUAUCUCAAAUGCAGACUGUAUAAAGUGUAUUUAGGUAAAUCUGACAAAAAAUAUGAAAUGUAUUGACCACGCAUUGUAUCCAAAAUAUUCCUUUCAUUGUUCAGCCGAACAAUGCUGAACAAUAUUGUUAACAACCAGGAACAGUAUGGGUAGCAAAGUAUUUUUCAGGCCUGUUUUCAACAACAUUGUUACAGGCUAGGCGGUUUUUGCACUGUAAUUACAUUGUCUAUAUAGUGUGACAGGGUUCGUACGGGUCCUGGAAAACCUGGAAAGUCAUGGAAUUUCAAUAUUCCAAAAUCCAGGCCUGGAAAUCCUGGAAAAUCAAUUUUAGUCACGGAAAGUCAUGGAAAAUUGAAAUUUUACAUAACAUUAACAAAAUAUUUUACUUACUGUAUUUCAAUUUACCAGUCAACAAUAAUAUGAAUUGUUGUUAUAUAGCGGAUUUUUGCAAGAGCGAAGUGAAUUUUGUUCUUUUAUUAUAUCUGUUAUCGCCCAAAGUAUUAACGAAUUUCAGAAAUUCCAGACUUCCAGGUCAUGGAUUUUGAAAAAAAUGGUCAUGGGAAGUCAUGGAAUUUUGAAUGGGAAAAGGUGUACGAACCCUGGUGUGAGCAACACUUAUAGUAGGUACUUUAUCUAGCCUGGAACCGACGUCCAAUAGCGGUUUCAAUUUCCGCCAUCUUGGCAAGGAGUGUGUGGAAAUUUGAUAUUUUGACAUCGAUUUAAAGAAUAACACUAUGGUUUUAUGAAUUACUGAUAACUUGGUUAGCGAUACGUUCCGUUAGAAAAAAACUGGAAUUAGCUGGGGAAUAUUUUACGACCUUCAGAGAUAUUGGACGUCAAUGGCCGCCAUCUUGGCUUCA